CUACUUAUCGUCUGUUUGCAAGUUCGUCUGUCUCCUUACCGAUUCUUUUAUUUAACUUCUAACUGUGUUGCUAAUUAACUGCGUCAAUGCUUGCACAAGUGUUAGCAAAAGUAAACAGUUCUGGAAAAUACAAUUAUUUUAUUGUGAGUCGUUCUGCCAAUCUUCAAUAUUGUGUUUAUCUUGUACGUACUACAUGUUUCUACAUAUUAUUUUGAGAUGUCGCCUGCGAGACUAGACGUGGUGAUAUUCGGUGCUAGCGGCUACACGGGCAGGUUCGUGAUAAAGGAGUUGGUCCGCAUCAGCAGACACCAGCGGUGGCUCAGGUGGGGAGUGGCAGGUCGCUCCCAAGUCAAGCUGGACAUCGCCGUACAAUCUGCUUGCAGUCCAGACGAGAGAAAAUUUGUCAGAGUGAUAACAGCAGACGCGGAUGAUGAGAGUUCGCUUCGGCUGAUGUGCGCUGCAACUAAGGUCGUGAUUAACUGCUGUGGCCCUUACUACCAGUGCGGGGAGGCCGUGGUGAGAGCGGCCAUAGACACCACAACACACUACUUGGAUGUUUGCAGCGAACCAACGUUCUUAGAGCUGGUGUGGGUUAAGUACGAGGUCGCGGCCCGGAAAGCUGGAGUGCUGGUGAUAAACGCGUGUGGCCUGGGCUGCGUCCCCGUCGAUUUGGGGGUCUUGUACCUUGAGCAAUGCUUCAACGGAACUCUCAAUUCUGUAGAAGCGUAUUUAGUGAGUCAACCAUCAGGAGAAACGUAUAAAAGGUGGCCAGCCAACGUGCUAAAAUAUAGCACUUACGAGGCUGCUAUUUAUGAGAUUGCGAACGGAUCGAAGACCCGUCAGUCGUGUUCACUUAAAUUUGAGCCAGAACUAAAACCUCGUGGUCUUCUCCAUAAAAGAUUCAAUAGAUGGUGUAAACCGUAUCCUGGAGCUGACGAAGCCGUGGUUAAUCGUACGCAGCAUUACUUCUACAAAGAGAACAAUAAACGACCCGUACAAUUCAAACGAUACCACUCAUCUCCUUUCUUUCUCGACUCAAUCUUAGCCCUGAUAGGAAGUAUAAUCCUCUGGAUGAUUUGUAGAGUUUUCUGCAUGUCGAAAUUUCUUAUCAGACAUCCUAGAUUGUGUUCUUUGGGUAUUGUGACGUACGGAGAUCCUGAUGAAAGUUUUAUGAGGCAGCUAAGUUUCGAGCACACGUUGGUUGGUGUGGGUUGGAAGGGAGAGCCGCGGGGACAGCCGACGGACGAAAUUAUAGCACGGGUCUAUACUGUUGGUGACAAUGCUCCGUACGAAGGGACAGCGGUAGUCGUGGUACACUGCGCUAUCACCAUACUGACAGCGAGAGACAAGAUGCCUUCAUAUGGAGGUGUUUUCACGCCAGGGGCUGCCUUUAAGAACACAGACUUAAUACAAAAACUGAAUGAGGAUAAAUUAAAGUUUGAAAUUAUAUAAAAACAUAAAUAAUGCUUAUGAGGUUUAUUGUAUACUUUAUCGUCUGUAUUAAUAAGACCACUUAAUUUUUAAAUUUAUUAUCUGUAAAAGCAAAAUAAAAUAAUAAACUAAGAUAA